UUCGUUUUCUGAAACAUUUACAUUUACAAUCUGCUCACAUUCGGUAUCUCCGAAACCGUUACUUUGCGUACCCAUGUUUAUUAAAACUUUUUUGUUUAUCUUGGUUCAUACUAUUAUCUCUUUAAAUAUUUUUUAACAACCUGUAAAGCUGUAUGAUUUAUUAUGGAUAAUUUUUUUUUAAGAAAGGUCUGUCACAACUAUUGAUUAAAAGAUUAACGGCUUAAAAAACUUGCAGUCAACACCCAAAAAGUUAACAAAUGGUAUUUACUAAAGAUACUAAACUAAUUGCUAUCUUUAUGAUAACACAACUCUCUUAAAUCAUUACCAGUCAAUAGCAAAAUGGCAAAACUAACUCUCGUACUUGUGCUUCCAAUUCUCAUUCUUAAUACAGUUUCUGCUCUGCGUUGCUACCAGUGCAACCACCCGGUAGAUGAGUCUUGUGAUGUUACCACCGACUGUUCAUUUAUGUGUGAUCCAGAUUAUGAAAUUGUAUUUCAAGGUUGCUAUUUAAGCCAACAGUGUGAAAUUAUAGAAAAAGUUUAUGCAAAUAAUCCAGUUGUUAGUGUGAAAGAAUGUCGUAUGUGUGAAACGGAUUUCUGCAAUAAUUCUGGCUCAAAAAAUCAAAAUCUAAUUGUACUUGUUAUUUGUAUUUUAGGUUUUUAUUACGUGAUGUAAAUAAAAAAUUAUAAAAUAAAA